AAUAAUAAUAUCAACUUAAAGUCAACGGAGCUAGUCGGAAGUUUGACGAGAUACAACCUAGAUGCUCGGGGAACAGAGUGGGCGUAUGGGUUCUCGCCCGGGAUAUUUCCGGAUACUAGCCGGGAGUUUGCCGCUAGGAUUUGUGAAGCUGUUAAGGUGACAUGGGAACCGACGAAGGAAAACACGGUUAUUGUUAACCUUCCUGCAAUGGUAGAGAUGUCUACACGAAGUCUUUAUGCCGAUCAG